AUGGCCCAGCCACGUCACAUUCAUGAUCUCGCCGACGAGCUGCUGAGCGAGAUCCUCUCCUUUCUGCUACUGGAACCAGGCUUUCGUGCCUUUAAUAGUCGCCGCUAUGGGAACGGACGCGGGCACAACGGGAUCGUGGACGGUGAUUACCCGCAUCGCACACCCAUUGGGUAUGGCGAGUCUUCUGAUCUCGGUCGCUUUCGACUCGUGUGCACGCGAUUCAUGCGGAUCGGCACUCCGCGCCAAUUCUCCCAUUUCAACCUGCGAUUCUCCGCGAAUGGGUUCCGCCGACUGGACGAAUUGCUCCAAAUGCAGCUGGCCCGUUAUGUGAAAUCGGUGACCUACCUCGUGCGACCUUUCUACCAAGGCAGAGGUAAACAUCGACUCUUCGUCAAUAUCCACCCACCUCGAUCGACAGAAACACCAUAA